AUGUAUCAUCCUUCGAGCGGUGCGCCAAUGGCCCACCCUCAGAAGCCCGAGACUUUCAUGCUCUCAAACGAGGCUCAGCAGAGCUUGCCGCAGGAUGCGCAAGUGGCCCUGCAGCAAGUCGACAACCUCAAAUACUUCCUCAUCUCCGCUCCCGUAGACUGGAGCCCCGAAUCUCUGAUCAGAAGAUUUCUCCUGCCUACGGGCGAAUAUGUCUCCUGUGUCUUAUGGAACAACCUUUUUCACAUCUCCGGCACAGAUAUUGUCAGGUGUCUGUCUUUUCGUUUCCAGGCGUUUGGUCGGCCAGUGAAGAACCCCAAGAAAUUCGAGGAAGGCAUUUUCUCAGAUUUGCGAAAUCUGAAGUCUGGCACAGACGCUUCUUUGGAGGAACCGAAGAGUCCCUUCUUGGACUUCCUGUACAAGAACAAUUGCAUUCGCACCCAAAAGAAGCAGAAGGUAUUUUACUGGUACAGUGUGCCGCACGAUCGCUUGUUCCUCGAUGCCCUGGAGCGAGAUUUGAAGCGCGAGAAGAUGAACCAGGAGGCCACGACAAAGGCUGUGGCAGAGCCGGCAUUGUCAUUUGAAUUCGACUCAUCCCAGUCGCUCUUUGAGCAGCUCACUAAAGCCCAACAAGCCAGUUCGUCAUCUUUCGCGACUGCGAACGGCACCAUUCCAUAUUCUCAACCCGCAUCUCCCGUACUCCGGGCGGCUGAUUCAAUGCCGCCUCCGCAGAUGGUACCACCGCCUAUGCCACGAUCACAAGAGCAACAGCAGUCUGUGUACACCAGCAUGGCCAUGUCCAACCCGAUCCAAACAACAUCAAUGCCACGAGAGCAGGAUUACUCCCAAAUCGCCUAUGACCGAAAUGGCGUUGCCUACGACCGCGCUCAGCUGCGGCACGCGUCUAUGCCUGCAUACAUGGAGUACUCCCCGGCCCCUUCCUUCGUUUCGUCACAUUUCGAGGACUACAGUACCAGGGGUCUUUCAUAUGAGCCCAUCACCCCACCCCAGCAUGCAAUGCCUGUCGGUACGGAGCCUGCGUACAUCGCAAACGAAGAUACUGGGCUCUACUCAGCUAUCCCGGAGAUGCAGCCGAUGCAGGCAUAUAACCCCAUGGCUUCGCUGCCUCCGUCGACUAUGGCUGGCCCGACUUAUGCCAGCGCUCCUCGAGCAUUUCCACCGGGAAACGUCUACUCGGUCAUUGAAGGUUCCCCUACCUACAAAGCCCGUAGGAGGCGCUCUUCCAUUCCUUCAUCCAUCAUGAACGCCGUCGCGGCCAACGCCGUUGCUCAGGUCACUCACGGCAUGAAAACUCAUGUUCCCCAGAGGCCUAGCGAUCUUCGACGAUCCAUGUCGAGCUCUGUUCUCCCCAUCGCUGAAGGGGAUGAAUCAGCGGGGCAGUCUCCGCCAGGGCUUGCUCACAGCUAUGCAUCCUCCCUCAUCAACCGCGACCAUCUUACUGAUGUAUCCCGCCAUUCAACGCCUCUACAUGGUUUAGAGGAGGAUGCAGCGCACAGCUUCUCAAUGGACCAUGGCGGUGAUCCCAUGGCUGGCUAUGGCGGGGACGACAUGCAGGUGCACUCGCUCCAGGCCAGCCCUGCUGUCCGCUUGGAGAGGCCAGGACCUGUGCGAAGAGCACGGAGUGCGACCAUGAUGGAACUCGGUGUGCCUUACAAGUCACAUUCCUGCCCUAUCCCAAGUUGUGGUCGGCUCUUCAAGCGUCUUGAACACCUCAAGCGUCAUGUCCGAACACAUACUCAGGAGCGCCCGUAUGUGUGCCCGUACUGCAACAAGGCAUUCUCCCGAUCCGACAACCUGGCACAGCAUCGCCGAACCCAUGAAUCGCAACAAGACGGUCAGCCUGCUCACAUGAACAGCGAGGAGGAACUGGAUAAUGAUGAAAAUGACUUCGGUUCCAUGGAGGAAUUGUCCUCUCCGGACGAAGUCACCCGUCCCACCAGUGUUUCUGGCAUGGUUGCCAUGUCGAUGCCUCCGCCGUCGACACUGGUUAUGCAAACCAUGUCACACUCAAUGAUGGCUCCUAGUCAACUCGUCCAACCUUCGAUGUUGCAGAAUCUGUAA